AUGUCUGAUCCUUCGCCCAAUCCUAUCAUAGAAGAGUCUGAUAUUGAUGAAUUCGACAUCUACUGCGAGGCGUGUGAACCCGAGGAGCAGGCUCUGGAUCAAACCUUGCACUUCUGUUAUGCAUGCGACGUGACACUCUGUGAGAGAUGCUGGAAUGUUCAGCUUCAACAUCGUAGAGCCAAAAUUGGCAAGUCCGUCGCCAUCCAUGAGAAAGCUAAUCCGUGGAUCGCUCGCCAGAUCAACAACAUCCUGUCGCCACCUACAGACGAGCUUUCCUACGCGCGGCUUUGCGCAGCCGAUGAAAGUACAGCGUGGUUUGGUAUAGACCGCGGCAGACGCACCAAUGACCCUUUGUAUCUAAAGGACAGCGGACGCUACGCCCAGCUCAUGGCGCAGACGAGGGACGAGAACUCGAUAAGAUUCUCGUGGAACUCCGAAGGUGACCAAACAGCAUCAACUACCAAAGAUAGCCGAACUCCGAGUCUUGCCUCGUUUGUGGGCCAAAGCGGAGCUGGCAAAAGCACUCUCAUCAACUUUCUUAUUACCUUCAAGGGAGGUGUCGACCGGGGAGCACUUGCAACACCGGUGGUUGGCAUGACUGGUAAAGACAUUCCUACGUCCGAGGAUGUUCAUCUGUAUCCAGAUCCAGCUUCCGUGUACUCUUCUGCGCCCAUACUCUACGCCGAUUGUGAAGGUCUCGACGGCGGUGAGCGUGAGCCUGUGGGUGCGAGAUUUCGCAAAGCGAGGACAACAUCACCUGAUGCUCGCAUUCGCUCAUCUGCAGCCACCGACUAUCCCGUAUAUGUCUCGUCUAGAGAGCUUGUUUGGGCAACAGAGGAUGCCUCUCGACGAACCAGGAGUUUCGCUGUUGCAAAUCUAUAUCCAAGGCUGCUAUUCAGCUUCUCAGACACAGUGGUUUUCGUUCUGAAGAACCCUCGCGUCAUCGAAGGGGUUUUUGAGAGGCUGAUUGAGUGGGCAUCUGCAGCCUUGGAAGCAGCGUCGAAUCAGCCUGUACUCCCCGCAGCUGUGAUCGCCCUCAACGCUACCGAGAUUAAUGUUGAACCAGAACUAUGGGACGUCGAACGUGGCACCCGCAGUCUUUUAGAUUCGUUGGCGACAACCGUCAGAGAAAAUUCGACGUUCAAGAAACACGUCGAAUUUUGGGCAUAUCGAAACAAGCGGAUAGAGAGCCUUGAACAGUUAGUGCUUUGCUAUUUUAGCUCCAUCGAGGUUGUAAGAAUUCCGGCAACGGGUAGGCCGAAGUUGCUUCAGAUACAAAUCGAAAAACUGUACGAUGCCAUCGACCGAGGCUGUGUUAGAGCAAGAGAACGCAAGUUGUCUCUUCGAAUGCUUCUUAAUGCUGGCGAGAUGCAAUCAUACUUGCAACAUGCUUUCGAUCAUUUCAGCCAGACCCUAGACGAAGCAUUCGAUUUUGUACGUGCAUCUUUGUUCAACUCACCUAUCCCUUUAGAUUUCGGCGGAAAUAUAUUACGGUUGGCUCUCAACGUCAUGGACUACAAAACACAAGCACGACAGAAGAUCGAGGCAGCUGGGAUUUUUCGUGAAUUAGCACGUAUGGUUGCAAGUUGCAUCAUGCUUGAUUCUGUGAGGCAUGAGAUUCGUGGAAAUGCCGAACGAAUUUUCCCGGAAUAUCUUGAGCACAUUCACAGCGCUCUUGCAGACUUCUGCAACCAUCAUUGGCCUUGUGAAUUCACUAUCACCCGGGCACGUUGUUGCAAUGUACGCAGCGGUCACGGGUCGAAAGGCCAUCAAACGCGGAGAGGCAUUGUUUUCGCAGCUGGUGAAUACCAAGCAGCAUUCACCUACGAAAACUAUAAAAAUGAAUUUGAGACCCAAAUCUUCAAGCACCUUGAAUGGCUCAUGCGGUUAUUGGAGGAUCGGAUUCGAAGAGGAGAGGAUGAUGUUUCCGCCGCAAAUGGCAUUCACCGCGAAGAAACAUUACGAUCGUUCUAUGCCAAUGUGUUCCAGGACCAAGAAAACGCAACAUUUACACAUUCCCACGGCGUUUGUUUGGGCUGUGGCUUGUUCGAACGACCGGAGCAUACUCUUCCCUGCGGUCAUAUGCUAUGUUCCGUCUGUGUUCGUUCGUAUGGUGAAAGCAGGAAUGAUUUGCUCGUUGAAAUGCAUCAUUGUCCCCUCGAGAUUGAUGCGCCUCCGUUGCGUCGUACAAUCGCCGUGUACUUGAAGCCAGACGCUGCAAGUUCGCGUGUCCUUACUCUAGAUCAUGGCGGCGUUCGGUCUAUGAUCCAACUUGAGGUUCUGAAGCUUCUCGAAGAAGAAUGGAUGAACAAAUUGUCUAUUCGAUGCUUUUUUGACCUCAUUGUGGGAAGUGGGAGCGGUGGAUUGGUCGCCCUGGGUCUAACUACCCGCGGCUGGUCCGUGAAGAAAUGCAUGUAUCAUAUUGAACGAAUUUUCACGCAUGCAUUCACGAAAAGGCACGGAAGGAACAUACCGGGAAUCGGAAAAAUCCUGCAAUCGGCAAGCAAGGAAAAAUAUGAUACCGCCGGCCUCGAAUACGCACUCAAGGAAGCUUUUGGAGAGGAUGAUCCUCUAUUCGGUGCCCUCAAUAACAGAGACUCGCCGUCUUCAACAAGUGAUGUUGCCGUUGUGGCAAGUUCUGUCACGGGCACACCUGUCCUCCUAGCGAGCUACAAUCGUCGUUGUAUAGAUCCUUUGCCUUACAUAUUUCGCCGGCCGGAGAAACCAGAGCAGGAAUUAAAGCUAUGGGAGGCGGCUAGAGCUACGAUAUCAACACCAAAACUUUUCAAGCCGUUCUUGCACGAGGCCACUAAGCACAUCUACUGCGCUGCAGGCCCACCACAUCUUAAUCCCAUUUACAUUGCCGACUCAGAGCGUCGCAUCUUUAAACAAGAGCUUCGCAAUCCUGACGCGCCAGAUUUGAUCAUUAGCUUGGGGGCUGGAGUGGAAGAAGAACUGGUGGAUCACAGCAAGUAUAAUUCUUGGAAUUCGUCCGAGACUCCUCCAAACUGUUCAUGCGAUUCCGCAGAGCGAAAAACCCCCAGCAGAACACUCACAAAACGCCGUACCUCGUUUCUGAAAUGCCAGUCAACGAGCGAUGACUUCAUCCACGACUUUCCCUCAUCAGCAAAAUCACACCUCAGAUUUGUCAGAUUUAACCCACGCGUGUCUGAAAAGCUCCCAUCGAGCGACGAUCUUGGAUCGCUGGAAGAAUUACGAGACAAAAUUCGCAGCCAAAUCGAUAAGAAUGAAAUCAAAGCGCUUGCUGCAAAACUGCUGGCAGCACUGUUCUACUAUGAAACAAUUGGAGACUUAGCACAGCAAGCGGACGGUACCUGGAUGUCGACUGGCAUGAUCCGCUGCCGCAUACCUAACGACACGGUCGAAAUGUCUUCGCUUGGCAAACUUUUACGAAAGAAAACUGGUACAUCAUUUCCCCGCUUCGUAAUACGAGACGACGAGGGCACCACUCAAAUAUUCAGUAUGACAGCUGAUACAACGGCUGAUAUGGUCCUUAAUUCGAAAUUCUCCAUGCCACCGAUCGAGAUAGACAUUCCGCAACGCUCAACCAUCGUAGAUAUUAUGCUGUUCUUUGAGAACACCGAUCGAAACUCAAUUAGUGGCUUUCCAAGGACUCUCGGAAAGCCUUCAAACAAAGUUAAUCGGCAUCGACAAGCUCUUAGCAGUAAACGCUCAGACACUGCGUCUAUCGGGUCGUCUUUGCGUUCACGCUCCACAGGACGGUCAUGGCAGGUGCCGCAAGAAGUACGGAGGGCUGCAUCGCCAGCUCCUUCGGAGGAAAUAAUUUUCUCGCCUGCUGCGGCUGGCAUGAAUAUUCCUCGGGCACCUGGUUCUAGUGGUCGUGGACGGAAGGGGCCAGCUACUGCCGUAGCAUCACCUACCAACAGUUCGUUCACGGGUCCAAAGAUUAGUUCACGAUCUCGGUCAAGCUCAAACAAAAGGCCUCUAGGACCAAAACACGAGCAGAAAUCGGGGCCAAAAACGGCAGGGAGCGACUCAGAUACAGGUUUGGCGCUAUCUCCCAAUUUCAAUACCGGCUCUUUCCACAUCCCGCCAGUAGGAACUUCAGCUUUCACGUCGUUCCCACGCGAGCGAAAGGCCCGUGGUUACGAGACUGGUGAUAGUAGCAAUGAUCUAGCGCCUUCUUCCUCGCGGGAAGAUAGAGGGCUUGUAGUUUCGCCGACAACGAUAGUAGCUGGGUCCUCUGUUACCAGUAGUGCAGGUGCCUUAAGCCCACGCGAAGUUAUGCGAAAUGUCAAGAUGAUGAGCACACAUGCAGUAAACCCCACGGACAUGAAAAUUAUUUUGGAUGAGAACAACGGCCAUUAUGAUGAAAAUUAUGACGAUGAUGAGGAUGCCGAAACAGAAUCCAUGCAGUCGCCAAGAGGCAGCAUGGAGAGCAGAAGGGAUGAAGAGUCCGUACAGCACUUCGAAGAGAGACUGAGGCAAUUGGAAGGCAUCAUUCGCAGCAAGGAACGGAUCGAUGUUGAUCAGAUACGUGAUAGCCUGAAGGAUGAAGUUCUUCUUGGGCAGGGAGGAAAAAGAGUUGGCAAAGCCCAAUGAUGGGAAACAUUGUUCAGUCCGGCGGAGUUUCGCGAAAGCUCUCUUCGAUAGAUACCCCUG